AUGCAAAAAAUAAAAUCUCUUAUGACCCGGCAGGGUCUGAAAAGUCCUCCAGAGAGCCUCAGUGACCUCCGUGCUGUUGAGAGUCUCCGGGUCCCUGGAAAGGAGGAAUUCCGAGAACUUCGAGAACAACCUAGUGACCCUCAAGCUGAACAAGAACUAAUUAAUAGUAUUGAACAAGUGUAUUUUUCUACAGAUUCAUUUGAUAUUGUUAAAUAUGAACUGGAGAAGCUCCCUCCUGUUCUCAAUUUGCAAGAAUUAGAGGAGUACAGAGACAAAUUGAAACAACAGCAGGCUGCAGUCUCUAAAAAAGUAGCAGAUUUAAUCCUUGAAAAACAGCCUGCUUAUGUCAAGGAACUUGAGAGAGUUACCUCAUUACAGACAGGUCUUCAGUUAGCUGCUGUUAUCUGCACCAAUGGGAGGAGACACUUGAAUAUUGCAAAGGAAGGUUUUACUCAAGCUAGUUUAGGCCUCCUUGCAAAUCAGAGGAAACGUCAGUUGCUGAUUGGACUUCUGAAAUCUCUGAGAACUAUAAAAACAUUGCAAAGAACAGAUGUCCGCUUAAGUGAAAUGCUGGAGGAGGAAGACUAUCCAGGAGCUAUUCAGCUGUGCCUGGAAUGUCAGAAAGCUGCCAGCACUUUUAAACAUUACAGUUGCAUAAGUGAACUGAAUUCAAAGUUGCAAGAUACUUUAGAACAAAUCGAGGAACAGUUGGAUGUUGCUCUGUCCAAAAUCUGCAAGAAUUUUGACAUUAACCAUUACACCAAAGUUCAACAAGCUUAUCGACUUCUUGGAAAAACACAGACAGCAAUGGACCAACUUCAUAUGCACUUCACCCAAGCCAUUCAUAACACCGUGUUUCAAGUUGUUCUUGGCUAUGUGGAGCUAUGUGCAGGAAACACAGAUACAAAAUUCCAAAAGCUGCAAUAUAAGGAUCUCUGUACGCAUGUUACACCAGACAGCUAUAUCCCAUGCCUUGCUGACCUGUGCAAAGCACUGUGGGAAGUUAUGCUCAGCUAUUACAGGACUAUGGAAUGGCAUGAAAAGCAUGACAAUGAGGAUACUACUACUGCUUCUGAAGGGAGUAAUAUAAUGGGUGCUGAAGAAACAAAUUUUGAUCGUGGCUACAUAAAAAAGAAAUUAGAACAUGGACUUACACGAAUAUGGCAGGAUGUUCAGCUAAAAGUUAAAACCUACUUGCUUGGAACUGAUUUGUCUAUAUUCAAAUAUGAUGAUUUCAUCUUUGUUUUGGAUAUAAUCAGCAGGUUGAUGCAAGUUGGAGAAGAAUUUUGUGGUAGCAAGUCUGAAGUUUUGCAAGAAUCUAUUAGAAAACAAAGUGUCAAUUAUUUUAAGAACUACCAUAGAACAAGGCUUGAUGAACUGAGAAUGUUUCUAGAGAAUGAGACCUGGGAACUUUGUCCUGUGAAGUCAAAUUUCAGCAUCUUGCAACUUCAUGAAUUUAAGUUCAUGGAACAGUCUCGUUCCCCAUCCGUUUCACCCAGUAAGCAGUCAUCUACAACUUCCUCAAAAACAGUAACCUUGUUUGAGCAGUACUGCAGUGGUGGGAAUCCAUUUGAAAUUCAGGCCGACCACAAAGAUGAAGAAACAGAAGAUGUCCUGGCUUCUAAUGGGUAUGAAUCUGAUGAACAAGAAAAAAGUGCCUAUCAGGAGUAUGACAGCGACAGUGAUGUCCCUGAGGAACUAAAACGAGAUUUUGUUGAUGAGCAAACAGGAGAUGCUCCUGUGAAAAGUGUUUCUCGAGAGACCCUAAAAAGCAGGAAGAAAUCAGAUUACAGUCUAAAUAAAGUGAAUGCACCCAUCUUAACAAAUACAACAUUGAAUGUAAUAAGGCUUGUUGGUAAAUAUAUGCAGAUGAUGAACAUUCUUAAGCCAAUUGCUUUUGAUGUUAUCCAUUUCAUGUCUCAGCUCUUUGAUUAUUACUUGUAUGCAAUAUAUACCUUUUUUGGUCGGAAUGAUUCGUUGGAAUCAACAGGACUAGGUCUUAGCAGUAGUAGACUAAGAACAACUCUAAACAGGAUACAAGAAAGCCUCAUUGAUCUGGACGUUUCAGCUGACCCCACUGCCACGCUCACAGCAGCAGAAGAGAGAAAGGAGAAGGUACCAAGUCCUCACCUCAGUCACUUAGUGGUUCUGACAUCUGGGGACACGUUGUAUGGGUUGGCGGAAAGAGUGGUCGCCACAGAAUCCUUGGUGUUCUUGGCUGAACAGUUUGAGUUCCUUCAGCCUCAUCUGGACGCUGUGAUGCCUGCAGUCAAAAAACCCUUUCUUCAGCAGUUUUAUUCUCAGACAGUCUCAACGGCCAGUGAACUACGUAAACCAAUUUACUGGAUUGUAGCUGGUAAAGCCAUUGAUUAUGAACAGAUGCUGCUCCUAAUGGCUAAUGUGAAAUGGGAUGUAAAAGAAAUUAUGUCACAGCACAACAUAUAUGUAGAUACAUUGUUAAAGGAAUUUGAGCAGUUUAACAUGCGGUUAAAUGAAGUUUCUAAGAGAGUUCGGAUACCCUUGCCUGUGUCUAAUAUACUUUGGGAACAUUGUAUACGCCUGGCUAAUAGAACUAUUGUGGAAGGAUAUGCCAACGUCAAGAAGUGUAGUAAUGAGGGUCGUGCCUUGAUGCAAUUGGAUUUUCAACAGUUUUUAAUGAAACUUGAAAAGCUAACUGAUAUUAGACCCAUUCCGGAUAAAGAAUUUGUGGAAACCUAUAUUAAAGCAUACUAUCUAACUGAGAAUGACAUGGAACGCUGGAUCAAAGAGCACAGGGAGUAUUCAACAAAGCAGCUGACCAACCUGGUAAAUGUUUGCCUGGGAUCCCAUAUCAAUAAGAAAGCAAGACAAAAACUUCUCUCAGCUAUAGAUGAUAUAGACAGACCCAAAAGAUAA